AUGGGCGAAAAAGACGACGCAGAAGAGGUUAAAAAUCCUGACGUGAAUGACUUAAUUGGUGAAUUGGAGGAUGGCCGCUCAUGGGCCGCCAUAAUUGAGGAUGAUGCUCAGAUGAAUGGAGACAACCCAGAAUCUACGGAUGGGGGCAGACAAGAGCCAGAGCCCGAAAAAGAGGAAGAAGGAGGAGAUGAGGAGCAUGUGAGAAACGAGGAGCCUAUCGUCUGCCUGCCUGAUGGCCGACGGAUGCAUGUGAGGCCUCCUUUUCGCAUCCGGGUUCAGAGAGGCCCGAAAGGUGCCACACAUCGCGACGCAUACUUUCACUUCGGUGCUGAUGAAGCCAUCUGGAAGAUUGAUGCAGUACCAGGCGGAUGGGAUAUCUGCCUCAACAGCCCCAAGCAUCUGGAACGCGCGCUAACCCAAGCACAUUAUAUGUUCGCCACUUUGCUCGAGGUCUUUCCACUCCCUCCGAACGAACGCCUUUCCAACAAUCGCGAUCAGCCAACAGCAAAUGGUGCCUAUGCCAGAAAAACCUCCUACAACCGGCAAGGCUCGUCGGGUCCACAACCACUUUUCUCGGUGGCCAACCCGAUGUACAAUAUGCCACCGCCGCAAAUGACCGGCUUCAACUUCAAUAUACCUCCCCCAAUGGUCGCUCGCAUGAACAGCUACACAAAUUCUUCAAUGUCGAAUCGAGCUGCACCGAGGAGGCGUGUCGAAAUUGAAGGUGGACCUGGCCAUCGUGGGGAUCAUCCGCCAGUUCCAGCGCCAAUUUCUCGAUCAAAGACCGGAAGUCAAUCGGACGAGACCUCAUCCGUAACCUCUUCCGCUCCAUCCCUCGUUCGGAAGCCGACCAACAAAGACAUUUUCGGUCAAGCCAAACCGGUUGACACGCAAACGAAAUUGCUGGAAAUGGAGAAGCGUGAGCUCGAAGAGAAGAAGAAACAGCAGGAACUUCAAAAAUCGGUCUCGAACGCAAGCACACUGCAAGAGGCUGGAAAGCUUAUGCGGCAGGAUUCACAGGCAUCUAACAAGUCCUUCUACUCCCAUCCGCCGGAUCCCAGGACAUCGACCAGUGCGACAAAUCCGCUGAUGGGUCGCACUAUGGAAUACGUUCAUUCCAGUCAACAUGAACCAAUGACAACCGGUUCAACAGAUCCCGUCCCGGAAUACGGCACCGUCAAUAUAUUGAAACCGCCACCAAAGGAGCCGACAACAAUUCCACCAGCGCCACAAACAUCCUCACAACAAAUACCACCCCUUAUGGAGAACUUGAAAUACCGCACUUUCAACAACCAAAAGAAUCCACCAAGAGGCGGCUACCCAAAUGUCGCUCCAGUUCCUGGACGCGGCGCUCCACAGGCUUACCGAGGAGCAAAAACCAGGGGAUCUUCCUAUGUUCCACGUGGUGCCUAUAGCCGGGGUGGUGGGCCAGCAAAAGUUGGUGACCGAGCGGACGGAAGACAGUCGGAGCCCGAUUUUCCUACCACCUCUCAAGAGUUUCCCCAACGACGCAGCAGCUUCAAUCAGGAUAAGCAACCGGCUGAACCGGAGAAGCCUGAAAAGGAGCAGCACGUCCACCGCGAGAAAUAUGAGAAGGCUCCAUUGGUCAAAAAACUGUCGAACCAGUCGCGGAGCGAUGCAAAACCAACGGCCCAUGAUGACGGAUCAUUGUCUAGGAAGAGUCACUCACGUGGAGGGGGACCUGCCAAAUUCAAAUAUGUGCCGAAGAACCCGCAACAACCGCUGAAGGAUAAGCCUCAAUCGAAGCCAACUGAUGACCAAGGGGCGGAGCCAGCCAAGCCUACGACAGAGAAGCCAGCCGCUAAUGAGACCGUAUCUACGAAGACUGUGGAGAAACCCACACCGGUCGCUGACGCCAAUCCUUCUACUCCCACUGAUAAUACUCUUCCAAAUAAUGAAGCUGCCCCCAAUGCUGAAACGCCAACUAAAGAGAAGCGCAAGAAAAAGCCAAACAAGGAAAAGCAAAGGCUUGAGGCCAUGCCGAAACUGGACCAGAAGGCUUUAUCGAAACCCGUGAACACAAAGAACCGUUUCGAUAUGCUCCUCAACGUCGUCGAU